CCUGCGGCCCGUGUUCCGGGCGCGGGGCAUGACGGAGUCGCUGCACACCUGGCAGGACCAUGGCUGCUUAGCGACCUACAUCAGCGCGAGCGGCAGCUUCGCCAACUUGAGAAUUUACCCGCAUGGCUUGGUGUCGCUGGACCUUCAGAGCUACGGCGGCGAUGCGCAAGCCACGGAGGUGGACGGUCUUCUGAACGAAGUAGAGGAAAGAAUGAAAGACCUGAGUCGGGGCAGCCCUGGGAGGGCGAAGCGCUUGCCACCCAUAGUUCGAGGAGGGGCCAUCGACCGGUACUGGCCCACGGCCGACGGCCGCCUGGUGGAGUACGACAUCGACGAGGUGGUGUAUGAUGAGGACUCGCCCUAUCAGAACAUUAAGAUCCUGCACUCGAAGCAGUACGGGAAUAUUCUCAUCCUGAGCGGGGACAUCAACCUGGCGGAGAGCGAUUGGGUCUACACCCAUGCCAUCAUGGGCAGCGGCAGAGAGGAUUACGCUGGCAAAGACGUGCUGAUCCUGGGAGGCGGGGAUGGAGGCGUCUUAUGCGAAAUAGUCAAACUGAAGCCCAGGAUGGCCACAAUGGUCGAGAUUGACCAGAUGGUGAUCGACGGGUGUAAGAAACACAUGCGGAAAACGUGCGGCGACGUCCUGGACCAGCUGACGGGAGACUGCUACCAGGUUCUGGUGGAGGACUGCGUUCCGGUGCUGAAGAGGUACGCCGCCGAGGGCAGAGCGUUUGACUAUGUGAUCAACGACCUGACGGCGGUUCCCAUCUCCACGGCCCCGGAGCAGGACUCCACGUGGGAGUUCCUCAGGCUGAUCCUGGACCUGUCCAUGAGGGUCCUGAAGCAGAACGGGAAGUACUUCACGCAGGGAAACGGUGUCAACCUGACGGAAGCCCUUUCACUCUACGAACAGCAGCUUGGAUGCCUCUACUGCCCGGUGGAAUUCUCCAAGGAAGUGGUCUGUGUCCCUUCAUACUUGGAGCUGUGGGUAUUUUACACCGUUUGGAAGAAAGCUCAGCCUUGAAGAUCAGUAUGCCCUAAUCCUGAAUGUUGCAGAUAGCCUUCCUGACCUGCACAGGCUGCACAUGCCAUGGAAUGGAGUCAGGCGGUUGCUGGUGAAUUUCUUCAAGUGUUUUGGGGUUUUUUUUGGUCUAAUAAUUACUUUUAAUUUAAAAAAGCAAAUGGAAAAUGUAUGUUUUUAUGAGCUAGGGUGCUUUUGUUUAUGAAAGCCAGCUGAAGAUAAUGAGACAGCUUGAAGAAGGCUGCUCAAUGAACCCCUAGAAUGUGAUUUUGUUACUCUUUAAAAAUGUAUGGGCUUUUCUUGUGUUUUUUUGUUUUGUUAGACUUUGAAUUUGAUUGUUUGGAGGAAUGAAUAUCAUUGUUUUGUUCUGGAGGAAAGUCUCUAUGAUGUUCCCCCAAAAGUUAACUUAGAUAUUAAAAUUUGGUGCUUAUGCCCA